UUUUAUCCAAAUUUAAUCGAGUAUGAAGAUGAUGAAUUGGUUUCUUUAGAAGUGCGUACCAGUAACACGUGUACUCUUCCAACAACGCCGUUGUAGGCUACAGUAGUAUAUAAUAAUAGAGAGAUUGAAAGAUGUUGAUGACAUCACAGUCCUUUAUUUCUGUUCCAGAGUUCAGACAAUUUGGAAACUCUAAACACCCUACAAUUAUCCCGAUCUGCUCGUCCUCAUCAACAUCGCCGUCCAUGGACCACCAGAACACACCGCCACCGCGAGUGGUGGUUUGCGGCGGCGGAGUCAUCGGAGUCUGCACUGCCUACUUCCUCGCCAAGAAGGGAGCCGCCGUAACCCUAGUCGAGAAAUCGUCGGUCGCCUGCGCCGCCUCCGGCAAAGCCGGCGGCUUCCUCGCCCUCGACUGGUGCGACAGUGGGCCCCUCUCCUCCCUCGCCCGCGCCAGCUUCAAUCUCCACCGUUCACUCGCUCAAGAUCUCGAUGGACGCCAAUCCUACGGUUAUCGUCCGCUCACCGCUCUCAGCCUUACCAUCACCGAAUCGGAGUCUCAUCGUAAAAGCCCAAGUCCAAAUCUUCCUUCUUGGGUCGACGGCCCAGCUCGAAGCUCAAAGACUAUUGGGACGGCCGAGACCACGGCCCAAGUCCACCCACAGCUCUUCACUCGCACGUUGCUGUCGAAAGCGGUGGCGGACCACCGUGUGCAGGUGGUGAUCGGGAAAUUGGAGCGCGUGGAGGUGGAGGUGGAGGAGGGACGAGCGAGGGAGGUGGUGCUGGAGGGGGGUCAGAGGAUCGAGGCAGAUGGGGUGGUUUUGGCUCUUGGGCCUUGGUCCAGUAAGCUCUCCUUGCUGUCGUCAAUUUUCAGGGUGUAUGGGUUGAAAGCCCAUAGCAUAGUUUUGGAGCCCAAUGAACCUGAUGCGAUUACGCCCCAUGCGCUGUUCCUCAGUUACUAUGCGGCCCAAGGAGGCAAGCCCAUGGACCCAGAAGUGUACCCCCGUCCUACAGGGGAGGUGUACUUGUGUGGAACGUCUGAGGAGGUGGAGGUGCCCGAGGAUCCAGAACAGGUGGUGGGCAACCCCGAAUCAAUAGCAGUGCUUAAGAGGGUGGCCAAAAUGGUGUCAAGCCAUUUGGAGGAAGGGAAAGCAACAGUGAAAGCCGAGCAAGCAUGCUUCUUGCCUUGUACAGAUGAUAGUCUGCCAGUGAUAGGGGAGGUUCCAGGCGUAAAGGGGUGUUAUGUGGCAACUGGGCAUAAUUGUUGGGGCAUUUUGAAUGGUCCGGCCACAGGGGCUGCAGUGGCGGAGCUUGUGGUAGAUGGUUGUGCUAGCAUUGUUGAUCUCACACCAUUCAGUCCAACCAGAUUUAUCGGCAGGAGGAAGCGGUUGACCUAAUUUCGUAUCAAAAUCAAGGAGUGUAGUACAGUGGUAUCUGCUCGGAAGGACUGGGCGUGUAAGUUUCUUGCCAAGAAAAAAAAUAAAAUAAAAUUGUAUAGAUAUAUCAGUUGCUGUGAUGAGAUAAGGCAUGUACCCUUAUCGAAUAAGGAUAUAUCAGUCUCCUUCCUACAGACAUGAUUGUCUGAACUGUUUGGCCAACACCAUUCAUUUUUAGGCGAAUGUUUGUUUGUAAUGCAAUUGAAAUGGAUAUAAACAGAUUAACAAAAUUUUGACUUUGCAGUUUGUUAGGCAGAUGUAUGGAACUCUGGAGUCUAAUUGGUCCUCUA